UGCAUAACUUUAGUAUGUGCCAAUACAGUGCAACACGCACUAUUUACAUAUUAGAGUCCUGCUCCAGCUAAUAGCAUCCUUUGACAAUAGAAAAAAAAACUAUAAGUGUGUGAUUUUUUUUGUUAGUGAAGUUAUAUAAGUUUUAAAAUUUCCAACGGAAAAUCAUGUAUUUUAUACAAAAUAUCGACAUGAGCGACGCAAUAAAAUUCAGGAAGAUGAAUGGAAUCGAGGGAAAAGCGCCGUUCCUGAUCGGCGUUGCUGGAGGAACCGCCAGUGGAAAGAGUACAGUAUGCAAAAGGAUCAUGGAGAAGCUGGGACAAGUUGAUAUGGACCAGACUCAAAGGCAGGUGGUGUGCAUAUCACAGGACAGCUUUUACAGAGAGCUUACAGCUGCUGAGAUUGUAAAGGCUGGCCAAGGCUUAUUCAACUUUGACCAUCCAAAUGCUUUUGAUGAGGGUCUCAUGGAGAGGACUCUGAAUGACAUAUUGGCUGGCAAGAAGUGUGAGGUCCCAGUCUAUGAUUUCAAAAACCACACCACGCGUAAAGAUGAGACUAUGACCAUCUACCCAGCUGAUGUUGUUUUGUUUGAGGGUAUCUUGGUGUUCUUUUUUCCUCAAAUUAGGAACUUGUUUCACAUGAAGUUAUUUGUUGACACUGAUUCUGACACGCGUCUUGCUAGAAGAGUGCCAAGAGAUAUCAUUGAAAGAGGUAGAGAUUUGGAGCAGGUUUUAAAUCAAUACAUGAAUUUCGUCAAGCCCGCAUUUGAGGAGUUUUGCUCUCCGACUAAAAAGUUUGCUGAUGUGAUUAUCCCGCGCGGAGCUGAUAAUACUGUGGCUAUAGACCUAAUAGUCCAUCACAUCUGGGAUAUUUUGCACGGGAACUCGAACGGCGUAAGAAUGGUGUCUGAAAACGGCUCUGCCACCAAAAUCUCUCGAUAAGAUACUCGAGAUACACUUGUUACCUAAUAUUCCACUAGCUGUGUACAUGUUCUGAGUUUAUGUUAAGAACGUUCUUUUGUAUAAGGACCAAAAACGUAAUUUGUUAAUUAUACCAAAACGGGCGAAAGAAGUUCAAUUAAAUGACCGCAUAAGAGACUGGCAAAGCAAUGCACACGAGGUAAAUCGGUGGGAGGGAAAACAAUACAAAAAAAAAAUAUAUAUAAUAACAAUGUGAAUAUAUAAGAAACACUUAACUAAUCGCAGCUAUUAUGGAUUAGCAGCAAAGCCAAAUAUAAUAUAUAUAUUUUAUACAAUAACCUUAAUAAUUUAAACUUUACUAAAAAAUAUUAACAAUACAGGAAUGAAAAAAAAUAUAAUGACAUAACGCACUAUUGAAUGCAUUUAGGCGUGAUCGACUUUGUAAUUGAAUGUAUGUAGUUAAAAAGACGUUAGUGAUUUGUAUAGAAUGUAUGAAGAAGAAGAAAAAAAAAACGAGAUUUAACACACCCUCUUUGUUGUAUAUUAAUAC